UUGCUCCAAGUGGUCCUGCGGUCCACCUCUGCCAUGAUGAUCCACGGCUUCCAGAGCAGCCACCAGGACUUCUCCUUCGGGCCUUGGAAGCUGACGGCGGCCAAGACCCACAUCAUGAAGUCUGCGGAUGUGGAGAAGUUAGCUGAUGAAUUGCAUAUGCCGUCCCUCCCUGAAAUGAUGUUUGGAGACAAUGUUCUAAGGAUCCAGCAUGGCUCUGGCUUUGGAAUUGACUUCAAUGUUACAGAUGCACUAAGAUGUGUAAACAACUACCAAGGAAUGCUUAAGGUAGCUUGUGCUGAAGAGUGGCAGGAAAGUAGGAUGGAGGGUGAACACUCCAAAGAAGUUAUUAAACCGUAUGAUUGGACCUAAACAGAUUAUAAAGGAACGUUACUUGGAGAAUCUCUUAAGUUAAAGGUUGUACCUACAACAAAUCAUAUAGAUACAGAGAAAUUGAAAGCCAGAGAACAGAUUAAAUUUUUUGAGGAAGUUCUCCUGUUUGAGGAUGAAUUACAUGAUCAUGGAGUUUCCAGCCUGAGUGUCAAAAUUAGAGUAAUGCCUUCCAGCUUUUUUCUGCUAUUGCGUUUUUUCUUGAGAAUUGAUGGUGUGCUUAUCAGAAUGAAUGACACAAGGCUUUACCAUGAGGCUGACAAGACCUACAUGUUAGGAGAAUAUACAUCACGAGACAAAAUUGCUAAUUUAAUGCACGUUCCACCUUCCCUCUUCACGGAACCUAAUGAAAUAUCACAAUAUUUACCAAUCAAGGAGGCAGUUUGUGAGAAGCUAAUAUUUCCAGAAAGAGUUGAUUCUAACCCUGCGGACUCACAAAGCACACCCUCGGAAUAGAACGUGGUACAGCCUUCUCUCCGUGUAGAGCCUGCCUGGACACCUCGGCUGUUUGUUAUGAGAAUUCAUUUCCUUGCUUAUGCUCAGAUUUUCUGUGGCCUUAAAGGAAAAUAAAAGAGCGUUACAGGCAGGUUCCACUCACCUCCCA